ACGACAUCGGCUGUUUGUGGCUUCUACAAACGCACAUUUUUAUAUAAUCACACAUUGAGCCGAGCAGAAGAGGACGUCGCCACAGACAGAUGUCUAUGUAGAGAGACAGGAAAGUGAAGAAAGAAAGACAGGAAAAGACUUUCCAGAAUGACGUCCUUUGUCACAGAGAAAGAUCCAUCUGCCCCCCUGUGUGGACGCGCUCUCCCCCACCAGGAGCUUCCUUCUCUGGGCCUUGAUCCGUCUGAUUUCAGCCUGUACAGCCCUCCUGCUCCUCCUGAGACAAGCAUGUCUGUAUCAACGUGGCUCCCAACUUCUAACAACCACAGCGACCCUUACCUCUGCUUCAAAGGCCCAGAGCCAGGCCCCAUCUCUGGGGCCACAGGACUUCCUCCAGGCUUCUUCCCUUAUCUCUACAGCCUCCAGAGGCCCCUGUUUCCCAGCAGCCCCUGGUUCUCCUUGUCCACCCCAGAAGACAUGCUGCGCCUGGUCCGCCCGCCGUACUCCUACUCUGCCCUCAUCGCCAUGGCAAUACAGAGCGCACCUGAGCAGCGGCUGACACUCAGUCAAAUCUACCAGUACGUCUCAGACAACUUCCCCUUCUAUAGCCACAACAAGGCCGGCUGGCAGAACUCCAUCCGCCACAACCUGUCGCUCAACGACUGUUUCCGGAAGGUUCCCCGCAACGAGAGUGACCCAGGUAAAGGAAACUACUGGAUUCUGGACCCAAACUGUGAGAAGAUGUUCGACAACGGAAACUUUUGCCGCAAGAGGAAGAGGAAGAGUAAGAAAGAUAACGUGACCACUGGAAGGAAAACUUCCUCCUCCUCAUCCUCGGACUCCGGCUUGUCAGAGCCCAGCCCUAAAAUUCCCAGCAUACACUGCAGUGGCGGCAGCAGCGGUGGCGGCAGCAGCGGUGGCGGCAGCAGCGGUGGCGGCAGCAGCGGUGGCGGCAGCAGCGGUGGCGGCAGCACUGAACUCCCUGCACUCUCAGACACUCCCCCCGGCCUCAGCAGCUUCCUGUGUCCUCUCCAGGAUUCCCUUCUCCCUCCUCUGCCUCCUCUCCCUCCUCUCCCUCCUCUUCCUUCUCAGGUCAGCUCCCCUGAGCUGUACAUGCAGGUACCGGACCAUGCUUCACCCCCUCCUCCUUCUCAGGGAUAUGCCUCUUCUUACUCGCCCGGCGCCGUGGUGCCGCAGUGGGACGCCUGCAGCUCCUCUCCUCCCCUCUACUCCUCCCUUCAUCACUCCUUACCUCCUCCUUCUCCCCUCCCGUCUUCCCAGUUGAGUCCCCCACACUUCUCCUACCUCGCCGACCCCCAGGCCGGGUCGCCGCCUCUCUACGUCGACCUGCAGACGGCGUCUUGUCUUCUGACGGACUUCCAGGAGGCCCAGCAGCUGCUGCAGCUUCAGUGUGGGUCUCUCUCCUCUGGGGGCUUCGCUGAUAAUCUGCCCCUCGACUCUCUUGUUCUCCAGCAAUGACACAAACUGAUAGUGAUACUUCCAGAGAACGUCUUGUGUUUACACUGAGAACUGAUGUGAAUUUGAUGUUGAAUUUUAAACUUUGUAAAGUAUUUUUUUAAAUGUGUAAAAUGUCUCCAGGUGGAUGUUUGACUGAAUUCAAACCAGCCAGAAUGCACUAUGCUAGCUGUAAAAAGUUUGGGAAUGUUUGUAUUUAUCAUUUUUUUGGUGGGUGAAUGUUUUUUAUAGUGUGAAUAUCAGUUUGUGUUUGUAAUAAAAACAAAACAAAAAAAACAACGAAAAUGCAACGAUUUUGAAUGGUCUGGAUGAAAAGUUUAGUUUAUUUAGUAACAAAACGAAAUAUAAACCAAUCACUAAGACAUCAUCGUCAGAUAUUAUUUAUUAAAAGUAAAAAGACAACAUA